UUGUCAAAACGCAUAUUGGCAGAACGCAGUCGAAGACGAAGUAAAAACAGUGGGGCGCAUAGUGCAAAAGUUGAAUUUAAUUGCGUUUUUGAAGCAAAAGUGGUGUGUUUUUGAUAGCAUUUUUACAGCUGUUCCUCGCUACGAUAACCUGCGUUUACACAGUGUAUCAGCGCUGCAAACCCGUAUUUUGCAGCGGAGUGAAGUCGCGAAAGAAAUUCAGCAAACACCCUACAUCAGCCUGCUUGGAUGAUUCGAUCGGCAGCCUCGCACUGCUAAUUAAGUUGACGUCACUAUACACAGCCCGCUGGAUGUUUGCAAACUGGUUUUAAUUCGUCGCAUUCUUAUUAGCUAGUCACAAUGACGCGCGUUAAGGUUCUGUAUGAUUUCAGCGGCGAACCGAACUCAUCGGAGAUCUCGAUUACGGUGGACGAAGUGCUGACCGUCACAAACACGGACGUCGGUGAAGGAUGGUGGGAGGGUAUGAAUUCUCGCGGCCAGCGAGGCCUCUUUCCAGCGGCGUACGUUGAAACAAUUCCCGAGGCACCAUCGUUACCAUCUGGGCCGCCAAAAAUGCCACCACCACCAGCCGUUAUGACGGCUCAGCCGGUGGGCGUAUCGAAAUCCGGCUCACAGCAAACAAUCGGUGGUGGCAAUCGUUACGAUCAGACGGCGGACGAUUGGGGUGAGCAGCAGGACGAUUGGGACGACGAUUGGGAUGACGAUAAUGAAACGUAUUCGGAAAUUGGACCCGGUUCGAGUGCGGCCGGUCGUGCCAAUGGCCAGACGCAAUCCUAUCACCAGCAGCAGCCUGGUGUAACGUCCAGCUAUUACGCCAACGCGAAUUUGCCUGCCCCACCGCCAUCCGACGGGGACACGAUGUCGCUCGCAUCGGUAGCGACCACGGUUGGCGGUGGCCGGUCACGUGCUGCCGGUACGGGCAAAAUUUUCACCAAAUCCGGCGACAACUAUCUGAUCGGGAUGCCGGUACCGGAUGUAUCGGAAGCGGACCGUGUGCACGUGCUGCUGAUGGAGCACGGCAUUGUGUGGAAACCGAUGCGCGACUCAUACACCGUGUCGGUCGAUUCGCCCAAAAAGGAGAAAAAGUUCAACGGUCUAAAAAGCUUCAUCGCGUAUCAGCUGACGCCAUCGUUUAACAAUAUUCCGGUGGCGCGCCGUUACAAGCAUUUUGACUGGCUGCACGAGCGGCUGGUCGAGAAGUUCUGUCUCAUUCCGAUUCCGCCGCUGCCGGACAAACAGAUAUCGGGCCGGUACGAUGAGGAGUUCGUCGAGCAUCGGCGGAUACAGCUGCAGGAGUUUGUCGACUGGAUGUGUCGCCAUCCCGUACUGUCCACGUGCGGUGUGUGGAUGCAUUUCCUUACCUGCACGGACGAGAAGAAAUGGAAGACGGGCAAACGGACGGCGGAGAAAGAUCCACUAGUCGGUACGAUGUUCUGUGCGUCCGUGUUUCCGCCGGAAAAGACACUGCUGCAAUCGCUGGUCGAACCACAGGUGGAAGCUGCCGGCCAGUUUGUGCCGCAGAUGGAUGCGGCCGUAAAGACGCUGUUUGCCAUCUGUGGCGAUCAGUCGAAAAAGUUUCAGGUCCAGUGGAAGAAAGAGUACCAGCGCAUUGGGGAAGGAUUUUCCGAGCUGGCACGUGCCCUAGCGGUAGACGAACGGCGUGCCGUUACGCCGCUCAGUAUGUCGAGCUCGGUCGGACAGGCGGCCGGUGUGUUUAUUAGCAUCGGUCAGCUAUUUGGCGAGCAACCAAAGCAUGACUUCAUACCAUUCUCGGACCGGUUGCACAUUUACCGCGGGCUGCUCGCCGGCUGGCCCGAUACACUCGGCGAGUAUCGGAACGCGGUCCAGAAGCGUAAGGAUUGUGAGCGUUUGACGGCGGAACAGAAGAUGGAGAAUGGGCAGAUGCAGGAGGUGACCCGUCGCGUUGACGUAAUGUCGUACGCACUGUUGGCCGAGAUGUCACACUUCCGGGAGGAGCGUGACACACAUCUGAAGGACACGAUACGCAACUUUAUCGGGGCACAGAUUGACUUUUACAAAUCGAUCGUGCAAAAGCUCGAGCAGGCGCAAACUCACUUUUAAGCGAUAUGGUUUCAUAUGGAAAGGAAGGAUUUGUUCGCAGUUAAGAACCGUAUGAACAUAAGAGUGCCUUGAGAGCGUAGAACUAACCAAACCUCAUUUGCAUACACACGGAUAAAACACAAGGACACACGCGUUUAAUCGCUGCAUUCCAGAAUUAGCUAGCGUUUGACGUACGCAACGAUGCAACGGAGAAUCGGAGCUUUUUUUUCUUCCAGUAUACGCUAUCAGAAAUCUGUUAUCGUUUUUCGUCUGACUGUUGGUACAGUGCAAAUGUUCCUUUUUUUUGGACAACAUUUUCUAAACACGGACAUUGCGCUGUUUCCAGCAGAUCCCAACGCUGGCGCUAGAUAGUUGCGCAUACAUAGUUGUACGAAUAGCCGGAGAGUGUGCGUUCGAGCGAUAGUAGCAAUCACAUUAAAGCCUUAAGAUAUCACGGGGUAGCGUGUUGAUGAACGAGUACUACCACUAGUUAUGGUUGGCCUUAACCGACAAGGGGUUUUGAGCCCCAUGUGUGACUCCGACGUGACACCAAAGGGAGGAAGAAGGAUGAACCAAUGGGGAGUAGACGUUCCGAGCAGUAGUAGUGUGAUAUAUGUAGCCAUUCGGUGAGGAGCGCAAGAAAAAGAAGUCGGUGUCGAACAAAAACAAACAAACAUAAUGGACGGAAUGGAAUUGUAAUAAAAAAUUAGGAUUAAAGCAAGAAGAGCAUUAUAAAUA